AUGCCUGCUGCUGUCAACGGACUCGCCCGAGGCGAGACCUUCCUCUUCACCUCCGAGUCUGUCGGCGAGGGGCACCCGGACAAGAUUGCUGACCAAGUCUCCGAUGCCAUCCUCGACGCCUGCCUCAAGGAAGACCCGUUGUCCAAAGUCGCUUGCGAGACUGCCACCAAGACCGGUAUGAUCAUGGUGUUCGGUGAAAUUACCACCAAGGCCCAUCUCGACUAUCAGCGAAUCAUCCGAAACACGAUCAAGGACAUCGGAUAUGAUCACUCAGACAAGGGUUUCGAUUACAAGACCUGCAACGUUCUCGUUGCCAUUGAAGAGCAGUCGCCCGAUAUCGCCCAAGGUCUGCAUUACGAGGAGGCAUUGGAAAAGCUUGGUGCCGGUGACCAGGGUAUCAUGUUCGGCUAUGCCACCGACGAGACUCCCGAACUCUUCCCUCUUACCCUUCAGCUCGCCCACCGACUCAACGCCGCCAUGAAAGAGGCUCGUAUCUCUGGCGAGCUGCCGUGGUUGAGACCGGACACCAAGACCCAGGUCACUGUCGAAUACGCUCACGAUGGAGGUGCCGUGGUGCCUCUGAGAGUGGACACUGUCGUCGUCUCAGCCCAGCACUCGGAGGCCAUCACCACCGAGGAGCUGCGGAAAGAAAUCAAGGAGAAGAUCAUCAAGAAGGUCAUUCCCGCCAAAUACCUUGAUGAGAAGACCGUCUACCACAUUCAACCCUCUGGUCUCUUCAUCAUCGGUGGUCCCCAGGGUGACGCUGGUCUCACUGGUCGUAAGAUCAUUGUCGACACCUACGGUGGCUGGGGCGCUCAUGGUGGUGGUGCCUUCUCUGGCAAGGACUACAGCAAGGUCGAUCGGUCCGCGGCAUACCUCGCUCGAUGGAUCGCCAAGUCUCUCGUUGCAGCUGGCCUCGCCCGUCGCUGCCUGGUCCAAUUGUCCUACGCCAUUGGCGUGGCCGAACCAUUGUCGCUGUUCGUCGAGACGUACGGUACCAGCAACAAGAGUAGCCGGGAGCUCGUCGAAAUCAUCAACAAGAACUUCGACCUGCGACCUGGUGUCAUCGUCAAGGAACUCAACCUGAUCAACCCCAUCUACUGCCGGACGGCCAAGAACGGUCAUUUCACUGACCAGACUUUCCCGUGGGAACAACCGAAGCCUCUGAAGUUUUAA